AUGCGCGCCAUGGACGCAUCGUCGUCCGCCACCACAGUAGAUGCCUUGGCUACCCAGAGUUCUCUGAUGGGGGAUUCAAAGAUUCAGAUGCUCUUGAAGCGCGUCAAGACGCUUCGGUCUCAAGGGCACACCGAACAAACCUCUGUAGAGCUGCGUCAACUCGUACAGUUCAUGACUAUUCUUAGUCAAACCUCUCGACAACGCGCCACUCAAAACCCAGCGAUAGCAAACUCUGAGACUCGACUCGAUGCAGAGAGCGCGCGGACGCCAGAUUCUCGCAAGGGGACUGUGGCUCGAGCGGACCAGGACCAUGUCAAUCUAACCCCUGCUCAAAUGUCAGUUCUGAAGUCUCAGAUAGCUGCGCUUGGGUACAUUUCUCGUGGUCAAGCGGUUCCCUACAACAUUCAACAAGCCAUCCAUGCUCUAGAACCUGCAUCUAGCGAUACGGCGAGCCUUGCAGAUGUUUCACAUGAGCCCUCAACUGAUGGUGAUGGAGCUGAAAAUGGCCAGUCAUCUAUUGCUUAUCCCGACGGCCCUCACCUCGAGAAUGACACAUCAUCCGGAAUUUACCCAUAUAAUGCGUUUCGACCCCCCAAUGAUGUUCUUACUGCACAUAUCCGCAGUGGCAACACACAUAAGUAUAUCAUUCCAAGUCUAAUGCCCGUCGGUUUGGACCCCUAUCAGAUUAUGCUUGAGCGCCAAAGAUACAUGGAGGCCCGUAUGGAGAACCGGAUCCAAGAGUUGUCCCAACUCCCGAGCACCAUCAGCGAUGAGGGAUUGGAUGCCCACUCCCUUAUUGCAGACGCAUGGAGAAAUCCAGAAUCUUCUCUCAAGCUCCGAGGCCUCAUCGAACUGAAGGCUCUUAAACUGCGCGAGAAGCAGCGCACUAUGAGGAUAUCUCUUGUAAAUCGCAUGCAAGAAGCCUCUUCCCUCGCUACUGAUCGAAAGGUCUUCCGCCGUACCCGUAAACCCACUCUUCGUGACGCAAGGCAAACCGAAACGAUGGAGCGUCAGCAGCGCCUUGAACGCGAGCGCCGUGCGAAACAGAAACAUUUGGAUUACUUGGAGCAUAUUUGUGAGCACGGUCGGAACGUUAUCAAUGCUGGGCGUGCUACAGCAUCCCGAGCGCUACGCCUCGGAAGGGCUGUGCAGAAAUUCCACGGUGAGACAGAGAAAGAGGAGCAGAAACGCAUCGAAAGGAUUUCGAAAGAGCGUCUCAAGGCGCUCAAGGCCGAUGAUGAAGAAGCCUAUAUGAAACUCAUUGACACCGCCAAGGACACCCGUAUUACUCAUUUGCUCAGACAGACAGAUAGCUACCUCGAGUCCCUCGCGCAGUCUAUUCGUACUCAGCAGAACGAGUAUGGUGCUGUGGAAGUGUCGGAUGAUGCUCCCACCGACGAAAGCACCUUUGGGGCUUCGAAGCCUGAGGGAAUGGAGGAAACCAAGAUCGGCAAGGUUGAUUACUACAGCGUGGCACAUCGUAUUUCGGAAAAGAUUGUUCGACAACCCAAGCUUCUGGUCGGUGGCCAACUAAAAGAUUAUCAAAUGAAAGGACUCCAGUGGAUGGUUAGCUUGUACAACAAUAAGCUCAACGGAAUUUUGGCCGACGAAAUGGGUCUCGGCAAGACUAUUCAGACUAUCUCCUUGAUUUGCUUCCUCAUCGACGUGAAACGUGAACCAGGACCUUUCCUGGUGAUCGUUCCACUUUCAACCUUGACAAACUGGACCCUUGAAUUCAAGAAGUGGGCUCCGGGUGUCACAGCGCUCGUGUAUAACGGUUCCCCUGCCUUCCGAAAAUCCCUCCAACCUCAGCUUCGAAUGGGUGGCUUUCAAGUCCUUCUCACAACGUACGAAUAUAUCAUCAGGGAAAAGGCAGCCCUAUCUCGUCUUAGAUGGGCGCACAUGAUCAUCGAUGAAGGGCAUCGAAUGAAGAACACUCAGAGUAAACUGUCUCAGACACUUACACAGUUUUACAGUACGCGGCAUCGCCUUAUCUUGACCGGAACACCGCUACAGAAUAAUCUUCCUGAGCUUUGGUCCCUCCUCAAUUUCGUCCUCCCAAAAAUUUUCAACUCCGUGAAGUCGUUUGAAGAAUGGUUCAACACACCGUUUGCAAACACUGGUGCACAAGACAAGUUGGAACUGAAUGAAGAAGAAACGCUUCUUGUUCUUCGCCGUUUACAUAAAGUGUUACGGCCAUUUUUGCUCCGCCGUCUGAAGAAGGAUGUCGAAUCUGAGCUCCCUGAUAAGGUCGAGAAGGUCAUCAAGUGCAAGAUGAGCGGAUUGCAGCAUCAGCUUUACCAGCAGAUGAAAAAAUAUGGCAUCCUUUUUGAUGAAGAAGUGAAGGGAAAGCAAACAGGGAUUAAGGGAUUAAGCAAUACUAUCAUGCAGUUCCGGAAGAUUUGUCAACAUCCAUUCGUUUUCCCUCAAAUAGAGGACCGCAUCAAUCCAUCCCGUAAUGUAAACUUAAGCAUCAUUCGUUCGGCGGGCAAGGUUGCCCUUCUAGACCAACUUCUUCCCAAACUAUUUGCUACUGGCCAUCGGGUCCUUAUUUUCUUUCAAAUGACACAUGUCAUGGAUAUCUUGGCGGAUUACUUUAACUAUCGGGGUUUUAAGCAUUAUCGCUUAGAUGGAUCAACAAAACCCGAGGACCGUGCGACUUUGCUCACCCAGUUCAACGAUCCAAAUACAGACACUCAUUUGUUCAUGCUCUCCACUCGUGCUGGUGGUCUUGGAUUGAACUUGCAGACUGCAGAUACCGUUAUCAUCUACGAUAGCGACUGGAACCCCCAUGCAGAUCUGCAAGCCCAGGACCGAGCACAUCGUAUCGGCCAGAAAAAGGAUGUCCGGAUCUUCCGUUUCGUCACUGAAAAGAGCAUCGAGGAGGUCAUGCUCGCUCGUGCCAAAUCAAAACUCGACAUGGAUGGAAAGGUUAUUCAGGCCGGUCGCUUUGACAAUAAGUCCACUGCCGAAGAACAAGAAGAGUAUUUGCGUACGUUGCUAGACCAAGACCAAGAAGACGACACAGAAGAAUCAGCUGGCAUGGACGAUGACGAAAUUAAUGACAUUGUCGCUCGUUCGGACGGAGAACUUUCGCUUUUCCGUCAGAUGGACUCGCAGCGUGUAAUCCAAGACGCGAAAGAAUGGCGCGAGUCUGGCAACACAGGCCCUGUGCCACCUCGUCUCAUGCAAAUCAGCGAGCUUCCUGAGGUCUACCAACGUGACGAGCCUGCCAUUGUUGUCGAGUCAGAGGCUGAAGGAUUCACCGGACGUGGUGCUCGAGUGCGCAACGUGGUGCGCUACACGGAUGGUCUUACAGAUGAUCAGUGGGCGGAGGCUCUUGAAGAGGGCACAAUUGAGGAGGUUAUCGAACGCAAGGCUGCGAGGAGCCGGGCUCGGGCCAUCACUCGAAUUGAGUCAUCACCUGAAGUCAGCUCACCGCAGGACGAUGAUGAAUGGGGUGCCUCAACGAAGAAGAAACGUGGCAAGGGUCGGAGUCGGCCCGCAGGUGACUCUUCACGUGCGUCUCCUGUGCCCCUGAAGCGGAAACGCGCAACUGCGAAUGCCUCUGCCUCUGCCACACCGUCCAUGCUCGACGAAGACGAUGAUUAUCCUGAGAAUCAAAAACGGAGGAAGACGGCAGCACCAAAAGUGGAAGCACCGAUACCUGCCCGCGAGCGAAUGAAGAAAGUCUUCAAUACCUGCUUCCAAGCUGUCGCCAGUUGUGCGGACGAAGAUGGUCGUAAACGGUGUGGACUGUUUAAGGAGCUCCCUAGCAAGAAGGAAUAUCCAGAUUACUAUGGUCAAAUCACCAACCCUAUUAGCAUGGCGCAGAUUCGCAAAAAGAUAAAUUACAAUCAAUACAAGACGGUUACAGCAUUUGCCGAGGAUUGGCGUCUUAUGUUUGCGAAUGCUCUGCAAUACAACCAAGAAGGUUCUUGGGUCUAUAAUGAUGCUGUUGAGCUGUCGAAGGAGUUCGAGUCUGUGUUAUCCCGAGAGACCUCUGGAACCGACCUUCCAGGUGCUGGUGGUUCUUCGGGAACACAGUGGCAAGACUCCCAACCUCAAGCUACAACCUCCAAGCCGAAACGCAAGGGCGCUAUUUGGAGUGACGAUGACGAUUAUUUGAGCGAUUGAUGGUUCUACUGGAAUGUAUGCUCUUAGCCUUGUAUUUGUAGAUCGUGCAUAUUAUACGAAUACCGAGUUCGAAUACCCUUGUAUACCAUACCG